AUGGCUGCUCUGCGCAGACUGUUCCUCUUCUUGAUAGCCUCAGCAUUAUGCCUCAAUUUGACCUUCGCGCAGGAAGGAAGCUGGGGAGACAUUGCAAUUUCGUUGGAAGAGGUUCUUGAUGCCAUGCGGCAGUCUCAUGAAGACUACCUCGCACAGUCAGGCUCCAAACCCAGCCGACGAGAUGCUGGGUUCGGACGACCAAAUUACUGGCAACCGUUGGCCCCAUCACAGCGGCCCUCGUCACCAGAAGAUUUCUCUGACCAGUUAUCGCAGUUGGUAGCGAGCCUUGGGAGCUCGCUGGAAGAGCUGAUUCAAUUGAUAUCGUCGCAAUUCGGCAUCGGCGCUCUGCAGUCUGGGUCGCCACCCUUGCAGUCGACAAUCCUACCCAUCACUCGUUUGUCCACACGAGUCUCUGUUACAACAUCAGCAGCGAUCCACGCCACCACGACCGCAACAGGACCAGGGGUUACAGUAUCCCUGACUACUGUAGGAUCAACCUCCACCUCUUCACUGCCCGCCGUGACCUACUCCUUCAACCCCCAAGCAUCGGACCUCAACGUCGUCUACUACUCGCAAACCGACCUAACGCCCGUCAUUUCCCUGGACCAAGUGUGCGGUGAUGACUCCAUUGAUAUGGUCAUUAUCGCCUUUGUCACAGCACUCUUCAGUGAUGGAGGAUACCCAGCCAUGAACAUGGCAUCCAACUGCUGGGCACCCAAUGCCGCACAACAAGCGGCCGGGGCCAUGAAACUGCUCGACUGCGUGGGUGACGGUUUCGCCAGCAAGAUCGACAGGUGCCAAAAGAAGGGAAAGAAGGUUCUGCUCAGUCUCGGCGGGGCCUUCGGGGAUCUGGACAUGGCAAGCGAAGAGAAAGCCGUCGAGGCCGCACAUACAUUGUGGAGUUUGUUCCUGGGCGGUGCUGAUCCCAAUCUGCAAGCUCUACGGCCAUACGGGACCGUCGUGUUGGACGGUAUUGACAUCGACAACGAAACCCCAUCCAACGGAGUUUACUUGCCAACCCUGGCUUCAACCCUUCGCCAGCUUUUUACUAGUGACACCUCAAAAGCAUAUUACCUCUCCGCCGCACCGCAGUGCCCGCGGCCCGACGCCUCGAUCCCCGUAUCCCAACUAGCUGGGUCAAUCGACUUCUUCAGCGUCCAGUUCUACAACAACCCAUCCUGCCAAUUGAACGCUGACGGGUUCUUCGCGUCGCUCCAGGCCUGGUCUGAUGACCUGCUCACCGAUACCGGCGACACAGUUCCCACUGCCACCGGCACUGGCGGCACACCAAGCAUGCGCAUGCGUAUCCGGCCUAAACGACAACCGCAGACCAGCGCAUCAUCAGCGCCUGAGUCCAACUUCCUCAAUGUCAACAACGGCAUCAGCGCGCCACGACUGUUGAUCGGCACACCAGCAUUCGCCGGCGCCGGGAGUGGCUACGUGGACGUCGCCACGUACAAGACCAUUCUGCAGCGCGUCAAGGCGAUGGGGCUGCGAAAUCUGGCCGGCGCAAUGUUCUGGGACGGAGCGUACCAGGAGGUCAGUGGCGAAGUGAUUGAUAGCAGUGGUCGGAACACGACGUUUGCCGAAGUGGUCAAAAAUGUGUUGGCUUGA